AUGGGGUCAUGCUCUGGAAAAUCGAAUAAAACGAAAGAUGCUCAUGGUAAGGCUGAUUUAAAAUCAGCCCUAGCAGCAGCAUCGAGUAAGAUUGGUAAAGAAAAGAAUAUCAAAGAACUCAGAGUUAAAGAAGAGGAGAAGAGUGUUUUGGAAUGUAUUAAAAGUAAAGAUGUAGAAUCAGCAAUGCUUCAUGUAACAGCAACUCUUUAUGAGAGCACUAGAAUAUCUUGCUAUCAAAGAAUAAUCGAGCAUUUGAACAUUCUUAUAGCCAACCUUCGAGAUAUAUUCGAAGAUGGAGUCAAUUCUAGCACCCUUGAAAGUGCAAAUGCUGUAGUAUAUAGUGCAAACAAGCUCACUAGUUUCAAAGAAUUAAUCACUGCUAAAAGAGAGCUUAAAAAGUACAUGAAUAAAAAUGACUACUCAGAAGCUUGCAAAAGUGUUUGUGUAGAUGCUACUCUUAAAGAUAAUUUCCACAAAGAAAUCUUCUCCAACGAAGAAAAACUCGAAAAGCUCACCGAAAUCGACAAGUCCAAGCCUACUAAUCUCGCUAUAUAACCCAAUUUCUUCCUGAUUUCUCC